GGCCAGGAGAAGUGGAACAAGCUGUGGUUUUGGACCCUCUUGCAGUUUCAUUGCAUCCCGAGAUGGUUUGGGUUUCAAAUCGACUUGCUUGUCCUUAGAGGCUUCCCUUACCCCAUCCCCAGGGCGCAGAAGCCUGCAGUGGCUUACCUUGCGCAGCAGCCCUGCGAACAGGUAUUUCCAGAGAGCUAAGACCUCUUCUCGCCGCUCUUCGUGCCGCGGGGCUGCUCCUGGCUCCCGGACCUCUGGCUCAGCUGUUUGCACACUCUGCACAGAGCAGACCCAGGAAACAGGGUCGGCCACCCAGUGGGCAGGGUCAGAUGCCAGCUCUCUAACGUGGCAGGCCAGCCGCAAUUGUGGGGUCUUUGUUCCUUUGCCUCCACCUAUUUCAAACGCGUCUCCGGUUCCUGGUUCUCUCCAUUGUCUCUGUUCCACCCACCCAGACCCAGGCUCUGCACCUGCACUGUCUGAUAUGGUAGCCACGAGCCACACGUGGCCACUUCCAUUUAAAUUAAUUACAUUAAAAUUCAGUUCCUUCAUCAUACCAGCCACAUUUCAAGUGCUCAAUAGCAAAUGUCCCUGGUAGGUGCUUUGUUGCACAGCACAGCUGUGGAGCAUUUUUACUCUCAAAGGACGUUCUCUUGGACAAGACUACUCUAGACGUUAUCCCCCUACAUCAGCCACUAUGUCUGGCCUGGAUCAACCCAUCCUCCCUGACCCAGGGGGCUGUUGUGGUUCCGACUAUAAGCAGUAUGUGUUUGGCGGCUGGGCCUGGGCCUGGUGGUGUAUCUCCGACACUCAGAGGAUUUCCCUAGAGAUUAUGACGUUGCAGCCCCGCUGCGAGGACGUAGAGACGGCCGAGGGGGUAGCUUUAACUGUGACGGGUGUCGCCCAGGUGAAGAUCAUGACUGAGAAGGAGCUCCUGGCCGUGGCCUGCGAGCAGUUCCUGGGCAAGAGCGUGCAGGACAUCAAGAACGUCGUCCUGCAGACCCUGGAGGGGCACCUGCGCUCCAUCCUCGGGACCCUGACGGUGGAGCAGAUUUAUCAGGACCGGGACCAGUUUGCCAAGCUGGUGCGGGAGGUGGCAGCCCCUGACGUCGGCCGCAUGGGCAUCGAGAUCCUGAGCUUCACCAUCAAGGACGUGUAUGACAAAGUGGACUAUCUGAGCUCCUUGGGCAAGACGCAGACUGCUGUGGUGCAGAGAGAUGCUGACAUCGGAGUGGCCGAGGCCGAGCGGGACGCAGGCAUCCAGGAAGCCGAGUGCAAGAAGGAGAUGCUGGACGUGAAGUUCAUGGCAGACACCAAGAUCGCCGACUCCAAGCGAGCCUUCGAACUGCAAAAGUCAGCCUUCAGUGAGGAGGUCAACAUCAAGACGGCUGAGGCCCAGCUGGCUUACGAGCUACAAGGGGCCCGUGAGCAGCAGAAGAUCCGGCAGGAGGAGAUUGAGAUCGAGGUUGUGCAGCGCAAGAAGCAGAUUGCGGUGGAGGCGCAGGAGAUCCUGCGCACGGACAAGGAGCUCAUCGCCACAGUGCGCUGCCCCGCCGAGGCCGAGGCCCACCGCAUCCAGCAGAUCGCUGAGGGAGAGAAGGUGAAGCAGGUCCUCUUGGCACAGGCAGAAGCCGAGAAGAUCCGCAAAAUCGGGGAGGCAGAGGCAGCGGUCAUCGAGGCGAUCGGCAAGGCAGAGGCCGAGCGGAUGAAACUCAAGGCUGAGGCCUACCAGAAAUAUGGGGAUGCAGCCAAGAUGGCCUUGGUGCUGGAGGCCCUGCCCCGGAUUGCUGCCAAAAUCGCCGCCCCGCUGACCAAAGUCGAUGAGAUUGUGGUCCUCAGUGGGGACAACAGCAAGGUGACGUCGGAAGUGAACCGACUGCUGGCCGAGCUGCCUGCCUCUGUGCACGCCCUCACGGGCGUGGACCUGUCUAAGAUACCACUGAUCAAGAAGGCUACCGGUGCACAGGUGUGAGGUCCCGAAGGCCCACACCCUUCAGCAGCCACCGGCCCCCUUCAGCAACCGUUUUAAUACCACAGGGACAAUGGGAACGUUAUUGACUCUGGUGCCUUAUUUUGUAGGGACCAGAAGUGCUGCGUGUUCAGGCCUCUGGCUGUCUUCCCUCCUCCCCUGUCUCUGUCUCCUUCAUCUUCUCUUCUGCCCCACCCCCUCACUUUCACUGCCACAUUCGUCUGGUUUGUCUCUCCUGCCCUUGUUUCCCUGUACACCUCUUCCUUUGUCUCUCUGUCUUUUUCUCCCCCUCUCUCUUCCUACCCUCUACACACAUCAUGUAAUUUAAGAUGACGAUGUUUAUUAUAAUCACUGUCUGUCUGUGGGGGGUGGCCCUGCUGCCCCUCAGAAUCCUGGUGCCUUGAAGUUUUCUGUGCAUCUGUCCACUCCCCCUGUGGCCCCAGCCAGAGCUUCAGCAUGGGUGCGGGGAUUCCGGGUAGGAUGGCCACCCUGCCCUCUCCUGGCCUGGUCCCUGCCCCCAGGAAGCCCUCAGCCCCGCCCAGUCUGGCCCCUCUCGGCCCAGGUAGCGGUGGCUACAGGCGCAGGGCCAGCGCCCUUCUCUAAGCCCCUGCCCGACUCCAGGCCUGCUCUCGUACCUUACCUCUUUCUCCCCCGCCCAGGGGCACAGAGGGAAGGCCUCCCGUGUAGAGCAGCCCCCUCAGUUUACUACUGCCUUAGGAGGCCCCUGCUCGUGCUCAGGGAAGUCCCCUUCAUGGGCAUGUCCCUACGAGGUGGAGUGGGGCUUGGUCCCAACUCUGCUAAGCCUUUCUGGGAUCAGGAUCUAGCCGUUCUGGGGACUGGAAAGUGUAUAGACCCUCUUCCUGCUAGAGCUGUACUGUCCUGGGUAUCGGGCCGGGCCCUUCCAGUGGGCACGGCUGUGCCAGCCCUAUACAGAAUCCAGUGCUGUAGACGGGCCAAACUUCACACCCCUUUUGCCAGCUUUCUUCCUGGCCAGAGAGAUCGGGUUCCAGCCAUGGGGAAGCAGCCCAGUCCUCUGUGUCCUUGCUCCAGUGGAGGCAGAAGAGCCCAGGACCCAAGCAUCCUGGCAGGGGUGCUGUGGGUGUCCUGUGGUCCCAGUCCCCCACCCCUUGCCCUGCCCCAGCCUGUGUAGCUGUUCCUGCAUGUGGAUGCUGCAUGUCUGGUCUGGGGCUGGAAUGCUGCACUGCCCCGCUGCCUGUCCCUUCUGGUAAAAUAAAGGUCUGGUUAUGUCC